AUGGUAACAUCAGUAUUUUUACUUGAAGCAACGGGGCAGACGACGAAUGGGUUUGAGAGUACAACCUUAGAAGUGACCACGGAGUCAACCAACGAGACAGAGGAAAUAAUUACGCCGUGCAUCGGCGACGGCGACUGGCAGUGUGAAAACGGUGACUGCAUUUCUAACACAACGUUGUGCGACGGUUCGAUCGACUGCACGGACGCGUCCGACGAGUUUAGGAAGACCUGCAACGGUUCAGAAUCGAGACCCUUGUUCGGACUACUUCUGCACUGCAUGUCCUGGUCCGAGAACCACGAGAAAGUAUGCCCUCAAAUCUGCCACGACGCACCUGAGUUUUGUUACUACGCUCUUAUAGCUGAAAAUGAAAAAGGCCACGAUCUAUGUGUUUUGCCAGAGUAUCCGGAACACGGUUCUUACAAUAUUAUACCGACCAAGAAUGAAACCUCAACUAAAUUUCGUCUGAAAUAUGACUGCAAGGAACCGUUUGUAAUAGUGGAGAAAAAAAUACACGAGUGCAUUGGCGGCAACUGGUAUAAUAAUAGUGACAACCGUUAUUGCUCAAAGGCUUGCGAAAUUAGUUCGUUCAAGAAUGACAACUAUACUUUUAGCUGCCCAAAGGAUAUAGACGGAAGUGACAUAUGCAAGAACUACGUGGCCAUCGAUACCACUGUUACUGUUAAAAAAGCGCAUGAGGAUCUCGAAGACCAGACAACGUACAUGAAGAACGUCACUGUGGAAUUAUUCUGUCCCCCUAGCCAGGAAAUCAACAUAUCUAAGGACUGUGUCGAUGAGGUGGACAAACGACAGCAGGUUUUUGAAAGUCCGACCAUGACCAAGUUGACCCAAUACGAGGCUGACUUCAACAAGUUCAAAUCUAAUGAUACUGACAACCCUGAAUUCAAAGAUUUGGUAGCUAACUUCAAUGUAUUUGAGGAAGUGGUUCGGAAGGAGUUGAACGAGAUGCACAUAAUGGCUGACAAAUGUAAUGUUUCACUAGAUUUGUUAUUGUCGCAUCUGCAAUGGAAAAAAGAUAAAGGAAUUGUAAAUUAAUAUUGUGAACGGUAUUUGACAAUCUAGGAGGCGGUAGCAAUUUUUCCACAUAAUUUCAAGAAAGAAAAAAUGAAUUAUGUCGAUAAUGUGAUACCUAUAGUUGAAAAAAUACAAUAGAGUUGGUGGGUAGUGCCUCUGCGUCCCAUGAUUCAGGCAAGGGCAGCAUCCGCUCGGUGUAUAUACGUAAAAAUAAACGUCAUAAUACUUAAUAUGCUUACUAAAGAAAAAGGCGCUAAAACUGUAGAUGCCGGUCCGAAUCUAAUUCAUUUUCCGAAUCUAAUUCAUUUUCCGAAUCGAGCCGAAAGACUAGGCGCAUAAAGCUUUUACACUAAAAAGAUAUCAGAUCCCGUAGUAGGUACCAAGACUUUUACUCUGUCAGUCCUAACUUUAUAAGCUCUAACUGUAUAAAGCCAACAUCUUGGUCAAACAGUACGGCUUGGCCGUUUCGUUGCAG